AUUAUAAAAUUGUGUAAAUUUUGAUCGACUGAAUCUAAAUCAAAUCAUAUUUCCAUGGAUGCGUCGUUGGUUUGGUACUAAGUAUAGGUACCUAGUAAUAAGCAUCCAAUACUUAUUGUAGAUUAACAUUUUCCAAGCAGAAGCUGUCAAAUUUGGUCAAAUUCAAAGUAUUUUAUAUAUAUUUUUUUUUCGAAAAAAACUUAACGAAGAUGACACGACGACAUUGACGACGUCAGUGACGUCACUGGCUUGUAAAGUUUGGGAAUCCCUUUACCAUGUGUUUACAGAAGCGACGAUGCGGAAAAAAGAAACAAUGAUAACAUGAUAAGAGAGAAACUGAUUACGUGAUCAGAAAGAGAAGAUUUUGAAGAUUUAUAUUUCAAAAUCCAUCAUUUUCAAUAUGCCAAAUUGGGAAACUUGUUGUGAGAGUGUAAAUGAAAGUGUACGCAGAAGAAGGAUACUCAUCUGUUGCAUAUUCUGGGGAUUGAUUUUCCUGGCUUUUGCCAUACGAGUGAUAAAGUAUUACAACUACAAUCCGUCCGGAAUUCAGAGAUCGUCUAAAUCCACUUCCUUUGAUUUCUUUAUGCUGGCUGUGUCGUGGCCAAUUUCACUUUGCAGAGCUCGCACUGAUAACGGAACCAAUGCUGCCGAUGCGUGUAAUUUGACCAAAAACGAAGAUAAUUGGUUAAUACAUGGGCUUUGGCCGAAGAGAAUCGAAGAUUAUUCAACGAAGAGCUGCCCUCCAUCACGAUUCAACGAAACCGAACUUGAACCGAUUCGAGAUGAGUUGGAAGAAUAUUGGCCAACCAAGUUGAACGAUUGGACUAAUCCUUCUUUGUGGAAGCACGAGUGGAAGAAACAUGGCGCUUGUGCUUUACAAAUUGAAUCGUUAAACACGCAGCUGAAAUAUUUUCAACGAACUUUAGAGCUUUAUAAACAAUACAAUGUGACUAAAGCGUUAAAAGAUUGCGGUAUUCAUCCAGAUGAUUCCAAGUUGUACAAGAAAGACGAAUUCAUAAGUUGUUUUGAGAAACAUUUCAACGCUCAUCCGCAGCUAUCUUGCAAAAAAAUGCGGAAUAAGACAACUUUGGAUGAGAUACGAUUUUGUAUCACUAAGAAUUUUACUAUACAAAACUGCGAAAUGUUUCGUGUCCAGAAGUAUUGCGAGAAAGAUUUUAUAUUUCCAGCCAACGUUGAUCCCAAAGUGUAGAGAAGUGUUUGGUUUGUGGGUUUCCCAGUACCUAAAGCUACAAUUUAUCAUCAGAAGCUAGUUUUUGGUCUAGUCAAAUUUAAGACAGGGGUAUGACCGUCCAUUAACUCGAGCAUUGAAAUGAGGACAUCAUUUUUUUAAUCACUAAAAGUAAAGUAUGAAUCUCAUUUUUUAAUAUUAUAUUUUUUUUAAUGCACGAAAGAUUUUUGUUUUUAAAUACGAUUCCUAUUUUAUAAUAAUUUAAUGAAGUUUUUUUUGCUGUGCAAUCUGUAAAGUUUUGUAAUAAUUCAUAUUUUUAAAUGAAUGUUUUAUUUUGCUGUUU